GUCUAACCUAUCUUAACCUAAGACGCGCGAAAGCGUCGCGUAUACGGGUUGUAGACAUCCAUUUUUUCUCUUUAUUUUUUUUUGACGGACGGAUAUUUCAAAAUAAAUCUACAUAGAUUUUGCUGAACAAGUUUAUUCCUUUUCAAGAUGUUCUCCAGAGACAGAAAGGGCGAGAUGGAGAUCAAUGUGAUGCUGGACGAACCGCUGACCAGCGAUUCGUGUACGAAAGUUGUGAUGGAGCUCAUAAAAUACAUUCUGUAUCAAAAGCAGCAAAUACCAUUUACGUACGAGGCAUUAGCUCAAUUUCAGACAAGCGUGAAGGUGACGGACAGAAACGCGGUUUCGUUUAAAGCCCUGUCGAGUACGCUGAAAAACGUCUCGGAUCAUCUGUCCUCACAGUUUUUCCUCAAGGGUUGCGAUAUAAAGGAAGUUGCCAUAAUACUCGGUGCUACGAUACUAUCGCCGAAGCUCUAUAUCAGGAUAGAACUCCCUCCAUACGUUCUGAACAGUAAACAGCACAAAGAAUAUCAACAUUCUUCCAGAAAACCACUUUUGAAGCUUAUGAGGUCUAUGUUGGAAUGCAAUGAGUUUCAGGAGGCCAUGAAUAUUCCUUUAAACAUGACAAACAUGUUUGUCAUGCUAAGGAAGAGUGACAGUAAUUCUGUGUCUGAUUUCUUCCUGCUUAAACCGCAAUAUGUGCCCCCCAUGCAAAUGGCAAGUUGCUUCAGGUUUAAACUAUGCCAGAGUGACCAAGUGGAUGUGCAAUGCAACUGCAGGACACUCGUAAAAGUGUAUCACGAUUCGUGUGAGACUAAUUUGGAGAAUGAGGAUGAUGUGCAAUAUACUCAGUACAGCAGUUCCACUCAGUCUUCUUAUCGAUGGUAUCAGUCAAAGCAGAUUAUAAAGGGAUUUAAAUUUUAUUCGUGACCCUAAUUUUGUGAUGUGACAGUUAUAGGAGAAUUCAAAAUUUUCAUAAAGUUAGAUAAACAAUUUUUUCCUAGAAUGUUAGGUGGAUUAAUGCCACACAAUUAUAUUAUAAUGUUAAGAUUAAAGGGAUAAUAUUAAGCAUUAAUGUGUUUAAUAGCCUUAGUAUGUUUUUAAUGCUGAUAUUGCAUUGAUGUCAAUAUGACUCGACAAAUGUCCCUCGAGGUCAGAUGAUAGAAAUUUCCAUUCACUAUCAGAGCAAAGAAGUAUUUUUAUUUGUAUCAACAAACGUGAUAAGUCUUGUUAGCCAGUCGCCAAAAUUAUGUAAUCGAGAUUACAAUGCAAAAAUGAUGUAAUAAUAAAUUUCAUUAAUAGAUCUUUACAGUAAAAUAUACAAGAUAAGAAUGUUAUUGCUGAUUUAUUGUAAGAACUUUAUAAUUUCUAUGGAUAUUUUAUAUUGUAAUUCGUAAUUAUGACGUUAAAUAUUUUUAUCUU